AGCUGAAAACCGUUUAUGGCAUGCCAUAUAAAAACGUGGACAGAACCAGAGCACAUCUACCUGUUUCCGACAACGUCGCCGGCUGUAUAUAAGAGGCGGACAUCGUUCUGUGGAGCCAUCAUCUGUCAGCGAGCUGCAGUAACCACACCAGUCCAACAGUCCAACAGCCAGCCACCUCUGUGUCCCUGUGUCAGUGACGUCAUGAAGCUAGUCGCCACCAUCUUGCUGUGCCUGGUGGCAUCAGCCGUGAGUGAGAAGAGAAUCAUCAACGGAGACUAUGCAGAGCUGUACUCCCACCCGUACAUCGUCUCUCUGGAAGGUUAUAUCGACAACUUCUUCUACAGCUAUUGGACGCACAUCUGUGGGGGCUCGCUCAUCGACAGGGAGUGGGUGCUGACCGCUGCCCACUGCGUGGAAAGUCUGUCCAGCAGUAGACUGAGGGUGAACCUGGGAAUCAUCACAUUGGACAAGCCAAACAGUUACUCCCAACGGAGCGGCGUGAGUAAGGUGGUCAUCCACUCAGGGUACAAGUCCUCAGGUUCUGGUAUCCCCAACGACAUCGCCCUGCUCAAACUCUCUACCCCGGCUGUCAUCAACAAUAACGUCAAAACAGCCAAGCUGGCCCCUGCCGGCACCUCGUUUGCCUACACGGAAUGCGUGCUGGCCGGAUGGGGCAAGAAGAGUGUGGGCUCCCAGCUCGUAGACUCCCAAGAUCUCAUGGAGGUGAACAUCACCAAAAUCUCCACUGCAGAAUGCAACGCCAGAUGGCCUUCGGAAGCCAUCACGGACAAACACAUCUGUGUGCACGACGCCAGUCCUCAAGUCGGGCAGCGACCGAGCGCCUGUAUGGGCGACAGUGGAGGACCCAUGAUGUGUGGGUCAGGACAUGACAUCUUGGCUGGCGUCACUUCCUGGGGAGACCGUGCUUGCAGCGGCGACACCCCCAGUGUCUACACCAGGGUCUCUGCCUAUCUGGAUUGGAUUGCUCAAAACACCCGUUAAGCCUUUGACUAAUCUCUCUGGCUUCGUGGACGACGAGGAAUAAUUCUGGAAAUAAAUCCAAAGAAUGCUUCAAA